AUGUCGCGCAAAAUCGACAGGCUAGGUGAGCCCGCCAGCAAGCGGCCAAUGAAGUUGAUCGUUGCUAGUCCGAGCCGAUCGGGAACUCUAGGCCUCUACAGAGCCUUGCAAUUUCUAGGCUUCAAAGCUUACCAUUCUGUCGAAUGUCUAUUCGCCCAUGGUGUAACUCACAUGGAGAUCAUGAACGAAGCAGUCACAGCACAGCACAAUCGAUUCUCUGGGAUACAACGAUACUCGGAUGCCGAUUUCAAGAAAUGGUUCGCUGAAUAUGAUUGCUUGGUUGAAGUUCCAUCUUUCUUUGGGAUGUCCGCGAUCAAGGCCUAUGCCGAUGAUCCCAAUGUCAAGUUCAUUCUCACGGAGAGAGAUCCUGAUAAAUGGGUUGCUUCCUUCAAUAAGACGGCGGGUGCGACGAAGAAGAUGGCAGAUAGCUUCCCCCUUGUGAUUCUUCGAUAUUUCGAUGGGCCGUUGAACUUAUUCUUAAAUUUGAACCAAACUAUAUGCUGGGCACUUUCGGACAAAACGAAGCCUGGUGAGCCCGAGAACGCAAUUGCCAUGCGGCGGAAUUACAUUGAGUAUAUCGAGAUGGCCAAAAAAACAAUCCCUGCCGAACGUCUCUGUUAUAUCAGGCUCGAGAAUGGACUUGGCUGGGAGCAGAUCUGCCCGUUCCUCGAAAUGCCCAUACCCGAUCAAGAGUACCCCGACCGUAACGAGCCUGCAAGAUUUGAGGCCAUUGUUGCGGGACUCAUCAAACCGAUGGUCACUAGGGCGAUCAUCAGACUUGCCACGAUCGCAGUCCCGGCCAUCGGCGCUCUGGGAUGGGCAGCCUGGAAGCAUGGGCCGGCCCUCUCCACUGCGAUCGCCAAGAAGCUUUGA